AUGGAGGCGGCGGGAGGGGGCGGCUCUGGGCCGCCGCUGCUGUUAAGCGACGCCGAGCAGCAGUGCUACUCAGAGCUAUUCGCGCGCUGCGCCCGCACAGCUGCCGUGGGUCCCGCCUUACCUUCCGAGCCCGCCCGAGCGCUUCCCAGCACGGUCACAGCGGCCGCUGGCCCCGUGGCCGACCUGUUCCGGGCGUCGCAGCUACCCGCUGAGACGCUGCACCUGAUCACAGAGCUGUGCGGUGCAAAGCGUGUUGGUUAUUUUGGUCCGACACAGUUUUAUGUCGCCCUGAAAUUAAUUGCAGCAGCGCAAUCUGGCCUCCCGGUGCGGAUAGAGAGUAUUAAAUGUGAAUCGCCCCUGCCUCGCUUUAUGAUGUCAAAGAACGAUGGGGAAGUACGACUUGGGACCCCGGCUGAGCUGCAUGGAACCAAGGCUCAGAUUCCAUAUUUAACCACGGAUAAAAACGCCUUCAAAAGAGCAGACGAUGGGGAUAAACAGCAGGAAACACAGUCUCCCACGAUGUCACCCCUCGCCUCCCCUCCUUCUUCUCCACCUCAUUACCAGAGGGUGCCCUUGAGCCAUGGCUACAGCAAGCUUCGGAGCAGCACAGAGCAGAUGCAGCCAGCUUCUUACGAAGCCAGACAGUCUCUUGCCCAGACUGAAGGAACGUCAUCGGGGGGCCCUGGAGCCAAGCCCCCUCGUCUUCAGGCAACCCUUAUCCGGUCCUUUUCAGUGGAGAGGGACCCACAUGAUAGCAGCAGUCAUUACCCAGACGAACCCUGGCGGAUAACGGAGGAACAGCGAGAGUACUAUAUCAAUCAGUUCCGGUCCUUACAGCCUGACCCAAGUUCCUUCAUUUCAGGUUCUGUGGCUAAGAACUUCUUCACUAAAUCAAAGCUUUCCAUUCCAGAACUCUCCUAUAUAUGGGAGCUCAGUGACGCUGACUGUGAUGGGGCCCUGACCCUGCCUGAAUUCUGCGCUGCGUUUCAUCUCAUUGUGGCCCGGAAGAACGGUUACCCACUGCCCGAGGGCCUGCCGCCAACUCUGCAACCAGAGUAUCUGCAGGCAGCCUUUCCGAAGUCCAAGUGGGAGUGUGCAUUAUUUGAUUCAUAUUCUGAGUCCAUGUCAGGAAGCCAACAACCUCGGGACUCGCAUUGGAGUGAGAAGACAUCUGUUAAAGACAUGGCUGACUUCUCUGUCUCUACCCAAGAUGUGACUCUUGAUGAUAAACAAGCUUCAAUAAAUACUACGGAUGAUGCCUCACCAAAGGAUGUGUCUGAGGAUCCAGCAACUCCUAAGGAUUCCAACAGUCUCAAAGCAAGACCAAGAUCCAGAUCUUACUCUAGCACCUCCAUAGAAGAGGCCAUGAAAAGGGGCGAGGACCCUCCUACCCCGCCACCGCGGCCACAGAAAACCCAUUCCAGAGCCUCCUCCUUGGAUCUGAAUAAAGUCUUCCAGCCCAGUGUGCCAGCUGUGAAGUCAGGAUCAUUGCCCCAGCCACCUGCGCUCCCUCCGAGACCCUGUCCAUCACAGUCUGAACAACCGGCCGAGGCUGAGGUGCCCCCACAGUCAAGCAGAGCCCCUUCGCAAGCUUCGGAGAGUAGCCCCACCAAGAAGGAUAUACCAUAUUCCCAGCCCCCAUCAAAGCCCAUCCGCAGGAAAUUCAAACCUGAGAAUCAAACUCCAGAAAACCAAGAGCUUCCUCCCACUGUAGGUGGACCAGCGUCUGCCCCAAGCAUGAAACUCCAUCCAACAGUCCAAAAACAAUCUUCCAAACAGAAGAAGGCAAUACAAACUGCGAUCCGCAAAAAUAAAGAGGCCAAUGCUGUGCUUACCAGAUUGAACAGCGAACUUCAGCAGCAACUGAAGGAAGUUCAUCAAGAACGGAUUGCAUUGGAAAACCAACUGGAACAACUUCGUCCAGUCACGGUGUUGUGA